AAUGAAAUGGCUCAGGGGGAGAAAGAGCAGAAAACGACCAAUCACAUCGUGUUGGUCAAGAAAAUAAUAAUGAAGGAUGAGAGCGUGCAGGCACAUGAGGGCAUAGGCAAGCCAAGUGUCACUCAUGCUGUGGUUGUCAUCUUCUUGGAGUUUUUUGCCUGGGGACUUCUCACGACCCCAAUGCUGACUGUUUUACAUGAAACAUUCCCACAGCAUACAUUCCUAAUGAACGGUCUCGUUCAGGGAGUCAAGGGUCUUUUGUCGUUCAUGAGCGCCCCGUUAAUCGGCGCUCUGUCAGACGUCUGGGGCAGGAGAUCCUUUCUCCUGGUCACUGUAUUCUUCACGUGCGCUCCUAUUCCCCUCAUGCGACUCAGUCCUUGGUGGUACUUUGCUAUGAUCUCUGUGUCAGGGGCUUUCUCUGUCACGUUCUCUGUCAUCUUUGCCUACAUAGCAGACGUCACAGAGGAGCACGAACGCAGCACAGCGUACGGACUGGUGUCUGCCACCUUUGCGGCGAGUCUGGUGACAAGCCCGGCGAUCGGGGCGUACCUUUCGGAGAACUACGGGGACAACCUGGUGGUGCUGCUGGCCACCCUGAUCGCCCUGGGCGAUAUCUGUUUCAUCAUGCUGGCGGUGCCCGAGUCUCUGCCCGACAGAAUGAGGCUGAACACGUGGGGAACGCCCAUCUCCUGGGAGCAGGCCGACCCCUUUGCCUCCCUGAGGAAAGUGGGCAAGGACACGACAGUGCUGCUCAUCUGCAUAACGGUGUUCCUGUCCUAUCUCCCCGAGGCAGGACAGUACUCCAGCUUCUUCCUCUAUCUCCGCCAGGUCAUUAACUUCUCCCCCACUACCAUUGCGGUGUUCAUCGGGGUGGUUGGGAUCCUGUCCAUCGUGGCUCAGACUCUGUUUCUUACUCUUUUAAUGAGAACCAUUGGGAACAAGAACACUGUUCUCCUGGGCCUGGGAUUCCAGAUACUGCAGCUGGCCUGGUAUGGAUUCGGAUCAGAACCAUGGAUGAUGUGGGCUGCAGGUGCCGUGGCCGCAAUGUCCAGCAUCACCUUCCCCGCGGUGAGCGCUCUGGUCUCCCGCAGUGCUGACCCGGACAAACAAGGAUUGGUCCAGGGGAUGAUCACAGGUAUCCGGGGGCUGUGUAACGGCCUGGGCCCAGCGCUGUACGGCUUCAUCUUCUUCCUCUUCAACGUGAAGUUGAGUGGGAUUACCCCAAUGCAGGCGGACUACGCGAUCCCUCUCCAGGGCCCGACAGAGGCUGCGGUCAUCCCUGGCCCUCCGUUCGUCCUGGGGGCCUGCACUGCGAUGGUGGCGUUCCUGGUCGCCCUUUUCAUCCCCGAAGACCCCACGCCAGAGGCCAAGGCGUGCCAGCCGCGCAAGGCGAGCGGGAGCGGCCAGGCGGCGGCCCAGAUCAACGCCCCUCUCCCGGGGAGCGACGAGGACUUUGAGCCCCUGCUGCAGGACAGUACUGUGUGACUGUU